UAGCGGGACUAAUUCGCGAGGCUGGCUAUACGCCACUGAUAACAUAAAACCUUUGGUAUAGAAUCGAACUUUGCCGUUAAGCCGAAAGAAAACAAGUAAUAGGACAUAUGUGCACCCAUAUCCAAGUGCUACUCUUAAUAUGACACAAUUGUCAGACAUCUGUCAGAAUGCCUCGACUGUCGAGAGCUAUUUUAUUCGGUAUUCAGUUGCAACUUUAUGUUAUGCACCAUGCAACAUUAUGGAAUUCACUACCCACGACGGGAUUCACGAAAUAAGACUUUUCAUAAACGUCUCAAGGAAGUGCGUGCAAAGGAAAUUUGUUUCAACCGAUAAGGUUUCCCAAAUCUCUAUCAUCGACUUUAAUGAGGUGAUCUGUGGAACAAUGUUAAAGACUAAUCACAGUUGGGUAAUAUUACUGGUGUAUUGUAUUGUGCAAAUGCUGUUUAAAGAUGCUGAAACCUUUUUCCUCAGGAAUUCUCGAACUGGAAAGUGCAUUUCAACAGGACGAUUCAUAUAUAGUAAAAAUACCUUACUGUGA